AUGCCGCGACCAAGAAACGAGCCAUCAAAUCCCAAGAGUGCCGCCAAGGCAAUCAACCACGCCAUUGACAGCCAAGCCGAUAUCAUCUCCAUGUCCUGGAGUCCAUCCAUCAUCCGGCUCGGAGGGCCCAAGCAAACCGGACAGAUCAUGGAUCAGGUCGGGAGCCCCAACAAUGUCGACUACACCUGCCCCGGAGAUGGGGUGAGCACGGAGCGAUGGGGACCCGGUGAGAUCCGGGAGACACAUUCGCUGACGGGCUCCUCGGUGGCGACGGCCCUUGCUGCCGGUCUGGCGGCCCUGAUCCUCUAUUGUGCUCAGGUCCGUCUUGCCCUCAGUGAGGGGGAGGAGCGCCCGACGGCCUCGGCUUCUCUGGGGAAGCUCCGAACGCCCGAGGGCAUGCGAACAGCAUUUGAUACGAUGCGCAAUGAGGACAGAUAUCUCGCGGUUUGGAAAGCGUUUGGCAAGACGGACCCAUUUAGCAGUUCCCGCGUUCGUGAUGAUGUUGUGAGGGUGGCGACGACACUGUCGCCGUAG